AAUGUUACAACGUAUCUGCAGUUUAUGUCUGAUGCGUAUUGGUAUUUUCUUGUUGACAUGCCUGCUGACAUGUGCAUUUGUUUUGAUCCCUCUAACGCCCCGUGCUAACCAAGACCGCAAUCGUAUUACUUGCUAGCUUACUGAAGAUGUUAUUAGUCUGUAUGGUCGAAAUUCUCAAACACUGAAGUAGCCAGCUUCAAAUGUAUUUGGAAAUAGUUGACUGUGUUUUAAUAUUGAAACAUAGACUAGUGUUUUUCCUUGUGCGGUCCAGUCCUUGGAUGGCCCAACCCAAGCCUUAAGUCAUUGCUAAUCGGAUGCUGCUUGAAAGAACAGUCAAAAACUCGUAUUUGAGGGAAUGACGAACGGCGUAACCUAUUUUUUCUGACAAUGACCAGUAAUGGGGAAAGAGGAGCUUUCACCUUAUGAUUUAGGGGAGAGUGGGGUGAGUUGUCCCAGUUUUUACUUAAAGUGACUUUAAAGCGAGGCCAUGACAGUAAUGCUUCCAAAUAAAAUAUGUACAUAUAUUUCAGGAUGUGGUGCAUCCCUGGGAACAAUCACUUUGGACCUGAAAUAGAUUAUUUAAGAAAUAUGUCUCGUGGCACAACUUGCCCCCGGUGCAAGUUGAAAUUCAAAUGAAGACCAAAUUGACUGCAAUUCUCUUCACAGAUCUGGCCUACUUCAGAACAACCCACUUGUCGAUGCAACAGGGGAAUAUACAUUUCUGCUCCCUUCUGGCUGGCUCCAAAGCACUAACACAUAAACAGUGGGUGGCACAACUUCCCUGCUGGCACAAAUCACCCCACUCUCCCCUACGUUGUUUGAGCAGCAGGACUGCCAUGGCAGAGAUGGAGGACGAUUUGGCUGAUGCCAUGCCCAGAAGAGGGCCUGAGGAUGACGAGGACUCUGAGAGAGAUGAAGAUGAAAGAGACUGGGUGGUGUGGGAUGAGGAGGAAGAAGAGGAGGUGGUGGUGGUGGUCGACACAGAUAUGCACCUGUCAAAGGUGGACACUCCUCCAGAACGCAGUGGUCAUAUUGCUGUUGUUGAUGGAAACUUCAUGUUCGUGUGGGGAGGAUACAAGGUAUGCUUCCAAAAUGCAGAGGCCAUGGGGCUGUUUGAGUUGUACCUGCCCAGGAGUGAAAUGUGGAUUUAUAACAUGGAAACAGAAAGAUGGAAAAUGCAGUUAACAGAGGGCGAGUUGCCAGCCUCCAUGUCUGGCAGUUGUGGUGUAUGUGUGGACGGCGUUCUCUAUCUCUUUGGUGGGCACCAUACCAAUGGAAACACCAAUCUAGUGUAUCGUCUUCCUCUGAGAUGCCCUGUGCUGCGCUGGGAGAAGAUGACUAAUCUCAAAGGCCUAGCCCCCACUUGCAAAGACAAAUUGGGCUGCUGGGUGUACAAAAAUAGCUUGGUGUUUUUUGGUGGCUAUGGCUACUUUUCACAAGAGGGUCACAGAGGGACCUUUGAAUUUGACGAGACUUCUAUCAUUAUGGGCAAUCAUAUAGCACGUGGCUGGAAUAACCAUGUCCACGUUCUGGAUUUGGAAACACUGUCUUGGAGCCAACCAGUCACAAAGGGUAAUUCCCCAUCUCCGAGGGCAGCCCAUGCCUGUGCAGCUGUUGGCAAUAGAGGAUAUGUGUUUGGGGGUCGAUACAUGAAUUACCGCUUGAAUGACCUGUACUAUAUUAAUUUGGACACUUGGGAGUGGAGCGAAAUGUCUGUACCCCAGAACGGUCCGGUGGGUCGCUCCUGGCAUUCCUUCACCCCGGUGUCCUCAGACCACAUAUUCCUGUUUGGAGGCUUCACCACCUACAGACAGACUCUCAGUGACGCCUGGCUGUACAGCAUCAGCAAGAAUGAAUGGAAGUCCUUCAAGCACAACCAUACUGAGAGCCCCAGGCUCUGGCAUACGACGUGCUACGGCCCCGAGGGGGAGGUGUUUGUGUUCGGAGGCUGUGCCAAUAACCUUCUAUCCCGGGAACGAGCAGCCCAUAGCAGUGAAUUACUGGUGUUCAAUGUCCAGCCCAAGUCAUUGGCAAGGUUGUGCAUGGAGGCUGCAGUGCAGCACAGAGAUCGGCUGGAGACCAUCUGGGACUACCUGCCCAAGCAUCUGCUGCAUAACCUCAAACAGAGGAUGAGCAGCAACAACACCAUGGGGUCCUAAACCGAGCAGGCCACUCAGACUCUUGGAUGUAUGGUAUUUGUGUGUGUGUGUGUGUGUGUGUGUGUGUGUCUGUGUGAUUGCACUGCCACUGUCUUGCAUCUAGAGGCUGGAAAAAUGACUUGGUUGCCUGCCAGUGAACAGCGUAUGUGCUUAGAUACAGGACAAGAUGAAAAUUCCAGUCUCUGUGGUAAUGCUCAUCAAAACAAAAGGUUGUGAUUGGAGGAAUAUACCCAUAUCCAUUUGCCUUUUGAGUCCCCUUUGAUUGGAUGCAGAAAUCCAGUUUGUGAGGAUGGCUACAGGCUUCUGUUUCUGUUCUGUCACAAGUUUCUAUUUGAAUGCAUAGUUUUAUUGUGUACAUAUGUCAAAAUAUAUUUAUAUAUAUUUUUGUUUCCUGUGGAUUUUCUCUUUGCUGCGUGUAUGUUCAGAAGAUACAUGCCUGCAAAAAUUGC